AUGGCCAAGGAGGUGCGGGCGCAGUACGAGCCGGUGGCCGAGAUCGGCGUGGGCGCCUACGGCACCGUGUACAAGGCGCGGGACCUGCAGAGCGGCAAGUUCGUGGCGCUCAAGAACGUGCGGGUGCAGACGACGGAGAACGGGCUGCCGCUGAGCACCGUGCGCGAGGUGGCCCUGCUCAAGCGCCUCGAGCACUUCGACCACCCCAACAUCGUGCGGCUCAUGGACGUGUGCGCCACGGCGCGCACGGAGCGCGAGACCAAGGUGACGCUGGUCUUCGAGCACGUGGACCAGGACCUGAAGACCUACCUGGACAAGGCGCCGGCGCCCGGGCUGCCGCUCGACACCAUCAAGGACCUCAUGCGGCAGUUCCUGCGCGGCCUCGACUUCCUGCACUCCAACUGCAUCGUGCACCGGGACCUCAAGCCCGAGAACAUCCUGGUGACCAGCAGCGGGCAGGUCAAGCUGGCCGACUUCGGCCUGGCCCGCAUCUACAGCUGCCAGAUGGCCCUGACCCCCGUGGUGGUGACACUGUGGUACCGGGCGCCCGAGGUGCUGCUGCAGUCGACGUACGCGACGCCCGUGGACAUGUGGAGCGUGGGCUGCAUCUUCGCCGAGAUGUUCAGGCGCAAGCCCCUUUUCUGCGGUAACUCGGAGGCCGACCAGCUGGGCAAGAUUUUUGACAUGAUCGGGCUGCCCGUGGAGGACGACUGGCCGCUGGACGUGGCGCUGCCCCGCGGCGCCUUCACCGCCCGGCCCCCCCAGCCCGUCGAGGGCUUCGUCCCCGAGAUGGAGCCGCUGGGGACGCAGCUGCUCCUGGAGAUGCUGACGUUCAACCCGUACAAGCGCAUCUCGGCCUACAGCGCCCUGCGGCACCGCUACCUGCAGGAGCGCGACGGGUAGCGGCGCCCA